UGGAAAUUAAUCAACAUUCACAAUCUACUGAAUAUGAUAAUAUACAAUCUCAUAUAUCGGAAACCGUGAUAGCAGACGCAACACAUAAACUAUCAGAAUUGGAAACAAUUAAUGAUCGUAUAACAUUCAUACAAGAUUCUAUUGAACAUUACAUCAUGAUGUGUGAUGUGUUGUGGUGCGUGAUGAGAACGGGUUGUUCUAUGGCAAACUUAAAAUGCGAAUUAGCGUUAUAUUGUAUCAAUACUCUUGAAAAAACUUUUGAUGACAUUACAUUUGGAGCUAAAUGGGAUUUGAAUCACAAAGGCACCGAAGAACCAAAAAUACGUCAAAACUACACACCUACUGAAAGCGAAUUUGUAAAAUUUGAUGGAUAUAAACGUUACUCCAGCAUUUAUACUAACAGGUGAGCCUUUUAUUUAAUCUCUAUUUAUUAAUGUUUAUUAGAAAAUUGAAACAUAUUGAGGCGUCUUCUGAUAACGGAUGUAAACUUUGAAUUUUUUUGAAGUUAAACUUCUUAUGUGAGGGGUAUUGAAAAAAAAGAGAGUGACGCUCGGGCGUCACGGACGCUCGGGCGUCACGGACGCUCGCGCGUCACGAAAACGGUACGAUGUUUUGUUUAUAAAGUUUUUGAUAUUUUCCGUUUCAUUAUUUUGUAAUCUUUUUGGAAACAUAUCAUAUGAUAUUAUAAACAAACCAGUAUAAACGUAUAAACCAUGAUAAAAUAACAUGGUAUGAUGGCAACGAACUGAAUAUCGUCGGAGUUUGCGCAUUUCAUUGUAUCCAGUUCUCCUCAUAAUGCACUAUGUAUAUAUAUUGAUCAUGAAAACCAAUGAAAAGCGGCGAACUGGAUACAGCU